GCGUAGGUUGAGUAUGAUACAUGUUACUAUAGAUUUGUAGCUAUACUACACACUACAAGUAUGUAUUCACAUCGCUAUCGUCUUAUUGACCGGUUGCUGGACGGCCUUGUUGCCGCUCCUAGCGUAUUCGGCUCUUAUUCGUGUGUUUUCGUCCAUUUCCGUGACCACCACUGCGCGUUGAGGGCGCUGGGGUGCACUUGUUUAGCGUCCUAUUGUGCGACGUUGCCAACUGUGUAUCGACUUAAACUCAGGCCAAGACAAAACGUACGCGUGCUGAGUGGAACUUAAAGCCGGCAGCUUUUUUCGAUUAAAAGCACGCGUGCACUGCAUUGUUUUAUUUUGAUUCUAUGGCUUUAAUAAGUCAAUAAUGCGCUUGUGAACAUUAUAUUUUAGUGAAGUGAUUGUACUUUAACAAAAAAAACUAGUGUUUUUCAGUCAAAGUUAAUGCUGUCUAUAUCCUUUGUGUUCGAAUUUAUUGAAAAUGAAAAAAAGAUGUUAAUGAAUAGCUAAAAUCGUAUCAAAUAAAGUGAGCAUAGGUGAAACAUACAGAAACUGGUUCAUCUAAGGCAGUUAUCGUAAAAUGGGGGAUCAGGGCGCAACGGGGGGCGCUUGGGGUGCGCGCGACGAAGCCUCAUGGUGGCCCGGAGGCGCAGGUGAACUACAAAACCAGCAACAACUAAAUGAAGAAAUUGCAAGAAGCACGGCGGCUUCCACUCAACAACUUUACACUUAUAAAAUGACAGGAGGUCAAUUUACAAAUAACUCAUCUGAAAAUACAUCUUCUAACUACGGCUAUCGCUUAGUAUCAAAUAAUAGAGAAGAAUCGCCGCAGCAGCAAUGGUGGUAUAGUUCAGGGGCAAUUGACUCGCAACAACAAAAUUCUUCCCCUACGCCGCAAAACCAGUCGAGCCCCGACGCCGAGCACGGCAACCAGCAGUCCAACGGUCAGCAGAACCACCAGCAACUGCUACAGCAGGAGCAGCAGCAGAACCUGCAGCAGCAGUCGCUACAGCAGGCGUUGCAGCAGCAGAACCAACAGCAGACACUGCAGCAGAUGCUCCAACAGCACCAACAGCAGCAGCAGUCUCAGCAGCAGUCGCAGCAGCAGCAGUUGCAGCAGAGCUUGCAGCAGACGCUGCAAGUGAGCCAAGCGCAGGCGCAAGUGUUAGUCCAAGCGCAGCAAGCCUUGCAACAGCAGGUUGCGCAAUCGCUGCAGCAGCAGCAACUGUCGCUGCAUGACCACAUUCAAGCUGUCCAACAGCAUCAGAUCCAAGCUGCGUUGCAACGCCAAUCUGCUACGUUGCAGGUAAAGCCUAUUCAAGAAUUACAGCAACAAGCUCAACAGCAGGCUCUACUAGCGCAGGCCACAGCCACCAAGGGCAGGAUGCCGCGAGCUCGGGCCGGGAACAAGCCAAGGGGGCGAAUGACAGCCUACGCCUUCUUCGUGCAGACCUGCCGGGAGGAACACAAGAAGAAACAUCCCGAUGAGAAUGUUAUCUUUGCUGCUUUUUCGAAGAAAUGCGCUGAGAGGUGGAAUACGAUGUCCGAGAAAGAGAAGCAGAGGUUCCACGAGAUGGCAGAGCACGACAAGAAGCGAUACGACCUGGAGAUGCAGACCUACGUGCCGCCUAAAGACGUGAAGAUGGGCAGGGGACGCAAGCGGCACCAGAUUAAAGACCCCAACGCGCCGAAGCGCUCUCUGUCAGCAUUCUUCUGGUUCUGCAACGACGAGCGUUCCAAGGUCAAGGCCAAUAACCCGGAGUACACGAUGGGUGACAUCGCCAAGGAGUUGGGCCGGCGCUGGGCCGCCGCGCUGCCGGAGACCAAGACGAAGUAUGAAGCGCUGUCGGAGCAAGACAAGGCGCGGUAUGAUCGGGAAAUGACAGCCUACAAGAAGGGUCCCCUGCUAGCCGCCCAACAGGCGCAGCAGCAACAAGCGGCAGAACUUGAGGAAGACGUGGGAGACUUCGAGGCAGAGGAUGAAUAUAAUUGAACCAGCUCGAGAGAUGCAGAGCCAUGUGUACAGCCAUAGACGCCAGCCAUAGGCCGUGUACGGAAAGAAAGCUGGAAAAUUAUAAGCGCUUAAAGUCUGCUUUUAAUACUAAAUUGACAGAUUCUGAACGGUUCAUCAACAGUCGAUUGUCCCGUCAAUAGAAUGAUACGUCACCCAAUCGACUCUGGAUGAACCGUUCAGAAUCUGUCAAUUUAGUAUCAAAGAUUAAAAAACAGACUUUAACUACUUUACUAUAGAUAUUUUUAGCGAUUAUCAGUUUCCAGAUUUGUUUCUGUAUACGGCUAUAGAAGCGAGUCCGUUCAAUGUUCCUUUAGUCACUAUGUUCUAUUUUCAAAGUCUCUGUGCUGCUGAUUAGGCUCGUUUUCCACCAGAUAUGUGCUAUGCUACGUUGUUGCUGGAUGCGUUUGAUAUUUACCGAUCAUAUUACUUGGUCUACAAAUGGAUAUCUUUCUCCUCAUUGCAACAUAGCAUAUCUCUGGUGGUAAGGCAGCCUUAGUGUCGGUUUUUGAAACAUGUUAAGUUGAUAGUGUAAGAAAUCUGAAAAGAAAUGAUCACUGUGAUCUCAGUUUUAUUGCAAUGUAAUUAAAGAGCUGCUUAAGUGUUUCAAAAACCGAUAUGAACCUACCUUCAGUAUUCAUAAAAAUACUUAAUUUUUAUUUUAGGUUUCAAUGUGUUAACGAUUUAUCAUUGUCGAAGUGUUGUGAGCGUUUUUAGGCUAAAUAAGAAAGUUUAUGAAUACGGGGGCUAGUCGUUAGUUGCUAGGGUGGAUUUGAAAUAUGGUUUUUGUGCAGCGGGAAAAAUAUCUUGCCAUAUGAUUAAAUAUUUUUUGAGUGGUCCUUAUUUGAAGGAACAAUUGUAAUCAGCUCUUUUAUUGUCACUGUGAAAUUUGUCGAAUAGGCCCGUAAAUGUACUCUUAAAUGUUUUUUUUUAAUGAAUUACAUAAAUGUUACCUGCGGUUAUUGCAAUGUCUGCUGCGCUUGUAAGUCGCGAAAACUUGGGUGAUAUAAAAUUCUAGAAUAGUAAUUCUGUACAGUUCAUACAAGAGAAAAAAGAACGGCACAGUUUUGUACCAUUUCAAAUAAAAAUAAUUAUUUUUAUACAAAAUUCAAUCUUGUCUGUAGAAGUUUGUUAGUCCUUUGGUAGGGUUGUAGAAAUAGAUUUGAAAAUGAAUCUUGGUGUUAGAAUAAGCGCAAAACAUUUUUGAAAACUUUUAGAUGUAAAUAACGGAGCAAUAUGUAACGUAAUGUAGGUAAGGUCAGUUAUUACCAGUGAAACCAUGACAGCACUACAUAUUAUACAUGUUUUUGAGUAUAUAUUUAAGGGAGCUGCGCUAUUUCAAUACUCACACCGUGUGAAUAAAAUUAAAAAAAAUGUAAACUUGGUACACCCUGCCAUACUAAAAUAGUAUGUUAAUUCUCCUACAGAUAAAAAGUUUUUUGUGGGAACAUGACAUUGUGAUAUUCUUUUUGUAAAGCAAUAAGCUUCAAAAUGAAUUUCGGGUUUUCAUGAUUAAUUAUUCAGAAGUACAAGAGAUAGACAAUUUCAUAGUUGAUUUUAAUUAUCGGACAUUAUUUUUGAUUGUACGGCUGAAAGCUGUUGUUGUUACAUUAUACUUUUAUUUUUAAAGUUUUAUUUGUUAUGAAAUAUUUGAAAUUAGUUAUUUUAUAUAUGAUAGUAUUAUUUUUAUAAUAACUUGACUUUCGCGAAUCGGUAAGUGUAUUCGAAGUUCACUUUCUGCAAUGUCUCCUGAGCUUCGAAUAUUGUUGUCGCCGCUAUCUUGUGAGAUAGCAUAUUAUUAUGGAUAAUAUGGAUGUGUGUACUUAUAUUCUGUCAUCCAUGGACAAGAAUUCAAUAUACCGCUACAGUUGAAUGUACGUUCCGUUUUGAUACGUAGUAAAAUGUGUAAAGUGCUUCUUUCUAGCGACCAUUCUUUUACACCAACAAUAAUUUUUAUAACAACGCGAUGUAAGGAAAAAAAGCAAUUUAGAUUUAAGGUCAAAUUGUAAAAUGUGGCCUUAUAAAUGGAAGCGUCAAAGCAGCAAUAGGUUACUGUGUAUUUAUUACGAGUAACGACAUGUAGUUUGUAAUUUUUUAAAGUAUUUCCGAUAAACGACUCUUAGACAUAAAUUGCGCGUGUGCAUGAUUGAGUAAUACCUCGGACGGAGUGUAGAAUAGUUAAAUUAUAUAUUUUUUCUACUGAGUUCUUAGUAGUGUCAAUUUUAUGUUUAGCUCUGAUAUGUGAAAACAAGGUUUUCAGCGUUUUAUGAUGUGCAGAAGAGAGGGGGUUCUUCGUUAGACAUCAUUUCGUAUACGAUAUUUUGUAAGUGUCGUAUGCGACAUGAUGUGUAUUGAAAUAGCUCCCGGUGCGUACCUGGAGCCCAGUAGUUACAAAAAUGAAGUAUUAAAAUUCCUUUGUAAGUGAGACGAUUUAUUGAAUAGGUAUUUAAAUUAAAUAUUGAUUUAGAUUUUUCGAAAUGAAGCUAGCUAGGGCUCCUACAUAAAAAAAAUAAUUGUGAUUCAUUGACUAAUAGUGUAUAGUACUUAAUACCGUUGAUUUGUUAAGCCUUGCUAGAAUAUUAUUUUAUGUUUCAUAUGAGAAAUUUUAAGUUAAUUUUUGUCCUGUUUUCUUGUCUUGUUUAACCAGUUACCUGGAAUCUAAUUAGAAAUCUCAGAUAAUUAGCGUAUUUAUACAAUAACAAGACUACUUUUAAAAACUGGCGCCCUUUGGUAAAUUUUAUUUCAUAGUUAUUAAGCUCUUACCUGGAUUAUUUGAUUAAUAGGAAUAAAUUUUACCAAAGGGUACAAUGAAUUAGAAAGUGGAUGGAUUUCAGAUGGACGUUUUAAAUGAAAAUUUUAGCGGAAACCUAAAUGAGGUCUAUUUUUAAGUAAUUACCAUUUGUGUGUAAGAAACAAUAUUGUUUUGAAUUGUGAUAUGACUAACAUUGUGCAAAACAAUAUAGUUAAGUCUUUUACACUACA